GAGCAGCCAUUAUUGUUUCUCGAACCGUCUGCGAGUACGUGUUUUGUUAUCCGUUGCCAUCUCCUUAGUGAUUGUGAAUUUAUCAGUCACCAUGCCUGAUGUAUAUGCUCAAAAAUUGUCUGCAAAUAGAUCCGAAUACAAAGAUAAAGAUAAACCAACGCAGAUUAGGAUCAGCAACAUACAAGCCGGCAAAGCUGUUGCUGAUGCUGUUAGAACAAGUCUCGGUCCCAGGGGUAUGGACAAAAUGAUUCAGGCCGCUAAUGGUGAUGUAACAAUCACAAAUGAUGGUGCAACGAUUUUGAAACAGAUACAAGUUCUACAUCCAGCUGCUAAAAUGCUUGUGGAUUUGUCAAAAGCACAGGAUAUCGAGGCUGGAGAUGGAACUACGUCAGUUGUAAUAAUAGCUGGGAGUUUACUGGAUGCCUGUACUGGCCUUUUAUCAAAAGGUAUACAUCCCACUACCAUAUCCGAGUCGUUCCAGAGGGCAGCUGUAAAAGCAUGUGAGAUUUUGGAAGGAAUGUUGACACCAGUGGAACUGUCUGACAGAGAAUCUUUACUUAAGAGUGCAUCAACAGCUUUAAAUUCUAAGGUAGUGUCUCAGAACUCGAAUAUUCUGUCUCCGAUUGCUGUUGAUGCUGUCAUGAAAGUGAUUGACCCGGCUACAGCUGACAAUGUGGAUCUGAAGGAUAUCAAGAUCGUUAAAAAACUAGGUGGCACUGUUGAAGAUACAGAAUUGAUUGAAGGACUGGUUUUCACACAAAAAUCCUCAGGAGGUGGUGGUCCAAAUAGGGUGGAGAAAGCGAAGAUAGGUCUCAUACAGUUCUGCAUUUCACCACCCAAAACAGAUAUGGACAAUCAAGUGAUAGUGUCAGACUACACACAGAUGGAUAGGGUAUUGAAAGAAGAAAGAACCUACAUUCUCAAUAUCGUCAAACAGAUUAAAAAAACUGGCUGUAAUUUGCUUCUCAUUCAGAAAUCUAUUCUCAGAGAUGCAGUUAGUGAUCUGGCACUUCAUUUCCUAGCCAAGAUGAAAAUAAUGGUUGUCAAGGAUAUCGAGCGAGAAGAUAUUGAAUUUGUGAACAAGACUCUGGGUUGUAGACCUAUUGCUAGUUUGGAUCACUUCGUAGCAGAGAAUCUCGGCUCAGCUGAAUUGGCAGAAGAGAUGCAGACCGGCAGCAGUAAGAUUGUGAAGAUCACAGGUAUAGCUCACCAGGGAAAGACUGUAACUGUUCUGAUUCGUGGUUCGAACAAGUUGGUGUUGGAGGAAGCCGACAGAUCUCUACAUGACGCUCUUUGUGUUAUAAGAUGCCUAGUCAAGAAGAAAGCAUUAAUAGCAGGAGGGGGUGCACCUGAAAUUGAGUUAUCUCUGCGUUUGAUGGAAUUUGCAAACACAUUGUCGGGAAUGGAACAGUACUGUUUCAGAGCUUUUGCUGAAGCCCUUGAAAUCAUUCCAUUCACCUUGGCUGAGAAUGCAGGUCUUAAUCCUAUUGCCACGGUAACAGAAUUGAGAAACCGACAUGCUCAGGGAGAAAAAACUGCAGGAAUUAAUGUGAGAAAGGGUGCCAUAUCUAACAUAUUGGAGGAAAAUGUAGUGCAGCCCAUGAUAGUGUCCACAAGUGCAGUGUCCCUUGCAGCAGAAACUGUCAGAAGUAUAUUAAAGAUUGAUGAUGUGAUCAACUGUAAGUGAAGCAUCUAGUUCAUGUUCAACUGUAAGUGAAGCAACUAAGUCCAUGUCCAUUCAUUAUCUCAUCAAAGAAUUGACAUGACGAAUCACCACACAGCUUGUUUACAGCCUCUACUUUGUUAUAAAAUGGAAAAACUUGGAACAUUGCAACUGACCAACUAAGACUAAUUUUUUUUCAGUGCUGUUACAUAAGUGACUACUUGCUAGCUUACAUCAAAUUCAUAUAGUUCAUUGCAUAGACGUUGAAUUUGCUUCAUGUGUAUACCUAUAAGUAAACUAUUGUUGAAAGAAAUUGAUUCUUAAUUACCUGCUUGUCUUGUGAUGUUUCUUUACCUUUUUGUACAAAAAGCGGAUCUUUUGCAUGUUAUCUGGAAUUAAAUGUUUCAGGUAUA